GCGGGGCGGCCUCCGGCACCGCUCACCCGGCCGAUCCGGGCCCUGGGCUGACGCUGCGGCCCCGCCAAUCCGCUGCGGCCGGGCCGGGCCCGGCACCGCCCCCGGCGGCUCCCACAGGGACGGGCCGCAGCGGCCGCCGCCGCCGCGGGUGCCCGGGCUGAGUCAGCGCCCCCGCCCAAGAUGAACAUCAUGGAUUUCAAUGUGAAGAAGCUGGCGGCUGACGCGGGCACCUUCCUGAGCCGCGCCGUGCAGUUCACAGAAGAAAAGCUUGGUCAGGCAGAGAAGACUGAACUGGAUGCUCAUCUGGAGAACCUUCUCAGCAAAGCAGAAUGCACUAAAUUGUGGACAGAAAAAAUAAUGAAGCAAACAGAAGUAUUAUUGCAGCCAAAUCCAAAUGCCAGAAUAGAAGAAUUUGUCUAUGAGAAGCUGGACCGCAAAGCACCAAGUCGCAUGAAUAACCCAGAGUUACUAGGCCAGUACAUGAUUGAUGCUGGGAAUGAAUUUGGCCCAGGAACAGCCUAUGGAAAUGCACUCAUUAAAUGUGGAGAAACACAAAAGCGAAUUGGGGCAGCAGACAGAGAACUAAUUCAAACUUCUGCUAUAAACUUUCUCACUCCCCUAAGAAACUUUAUUGAAGGAGACUACAAAACUAUUACUAAAGAACGUAAACUGUUACAAAACAAAAGACUGGAUUUGGAUGCUGCAAAAACCAGACUGAAGAAGGCAAAAGUUGCAGAAGCUCGGGCUGCAAUAUGGGCUGAGGAAGUGACGAAAUCUGAGCAGGAGGUGCGAAUUACUCAGAGUGAAUUUGACCGGCAGGCAGAGAUUACCAGACUGCUGCUGGAGGGGAUCAGCAGCACACAUGCACAUCAUCUCCGCUGUCUGAAUGACUUUGUGGAAGCUCAGAUGACCUAUUAUGCACAGUGUUACCAAUACAUGCUGGAUCUCCAGAAACAGCUUGGAAGCUUUCCAUCUACUUUCCUCUCUAACAACAAUCAGUCUUCCACAACUCCUGUGCAGAGCAUUUCCACUCCCUCAGUCUUGGCCUCAGCCUCUGCUUCAUUGCCUUCAGUAGGCAAUUCAGUCGUUACUUCAGGCCUCAGUGAACUGAAGUCAUCAAGUGGCAGCAGAAAAGCAAGAGUUCUCUAUGAUUAUGAUGCUGCAAACAGCAGUGAAUUAUCUCUACUUGCAGAUGAGGUGAUAACAGUAUACAGUAUCCCUGGCAUGGAUUCAGACUGGCUGAUGGGUGAAAGGGGAAAUCAGAAAGGCAAAGUGCCUAUUACUUAUUUAGAACUGCUGAACUAAAUGGUUGGCCUGAUUAGAGACUGUCAAUUAUGGCAACACCAUAUUUAUAUACAAUUAACGUUAUGUAAGCAGGUUUGUAUGUCUUCCAUGUUAUUGUCUUGAGGGACAAAUACCAGCCAUUAAAAACUGGCUUUUCUGCCAGCAUGGUUGCACGGUCAAUACUCUAUUCAAACUUAAUGUGUUUAAAGCUUUUACUUCAUGUGCCAAGAACGUUUCCUACAGAUUUGUUUCUACUGAAGUUUUCACUAAUACAAGCUUCUACUUUUGAGUAAUCUAGAUUGAAAGCAGGAGGUACUGUUUUCUACUGAAUUUUUUCAUUAAUGGCAAAGCUUUUCUUCACAUAAAAUAAACUUAUUGUGAACUGA